UUUUAAUAUGUAUAGUUCUAUUUUUCCUUCAGUUUUUAAAAGAAUAUAUGUAAUAAAAAUAAAUUUCUCUGAUGGUCAGCAUUACCAGCAACACAGGUAUUGGGAGUACUUUUGGUGAUCCAAUAGAUGAUCAAUCCAUUGCAAAUGACUCAACACAAAAUCUUCUCCCUGUUCAUGUUUCAUUAUAUUCCUCAAAAGAUCUGGUAAAAAAACUACCCUGUGGUUGGCUGGUUGUUCUAUAUAUUCUUCUAUUGAUUAGUUUUGAAUCUUUAUCGUUUAUCCUAAAAGAUGUUUUACAUGUGAAGCUACUUGGAGGUAUUGAUGAACCGUUUGCUCUCUUCACUGCUAUGAAUGUGGCAAUGUGGGCAUUUACUUAUUUGUAUGAUCGGUGUCUGCAUUUCAAUCACAAUCUUUUAAGAAGAUUUGGUUAUUUGAAUUUUGUUAUCAAAACAAAUGACUUGAGAAAAAUCCCUUUGGCCAUUUUUUCUUUAGGUAAUGCAACUCUUCUGCUUGUAGUAGCUUUCACACGUAGUAGUACAAAGACAGGGUUACCUUUGGUCAGACAAUAUCAAAUUGUUGCUUCUAUUGAAGUAUUUGUCUCAUUUAUUUCUAGCAUAAUUUAUUUAGCAUAUGUUAUUUCAUUUAACAAAGCUGGUGCGUUACCUGAUGCUUAUCAGCAAGAUUGUACAAAGGACAGCUCUACUAGCUAUGUUGGUUAUAAAGACAGCAACGAUACUGACGAUAUCUUAGAAAAACAAUCAGAGAUGAUUCGUUACCUUCAACAACACAACGAACAUUUAAAUAAAACUAUUAUUUCUUUAUCUACUCGUCUUACAAAAUCAGAACCCCAAUAACUUUUGAUGGUUUUUUCUUUAAUUUUUUUUAAUUCUAAAAGAUGUUAAAGAUUUGUUUAUAAUGCAAAAAUAUAAUAGUACUGUUACUUUUGUUGAAUUAUUUUUAUUUUUGUUUUAAAUUAAACGCUGAUGUGCUGCAUGCGUAUUUAAAAAACAGAAACAAUGAUUGAUUGUCUUUUAGCAGUAGAAAGUUUUAAAUUAAAAAGAAAAAUGAAAAUUAAAAAAAAUUAUUUUUUACUUAAUUUUUAAUGGUUUUUAUGUAAUAUAUGAUUUUUCUUUUUAUGUAUGAUUUUUUUUUGUUUGUUCUUUGCAUGAACAACUUGCUUGAAAACUUAAAGUGGAAGAAUGUGUAUUUUUUAAUAAAAAUUAGU